GGUUGUCACUGGGAGAGUUUUCAUCUGGGGAAUGUUAAUGCUUUCAAAGUAGCCUGACUUGGGACUCAACGGAAUCAGGGACUACUGUGUCAGCUGCUGUGGUUCCACUUUGGCUAAAACCAUGAGGGUACUUCCCUUCCUGGCUCUCACUGUCGCCUGCGUCUUCAGCACUGGGUCUGGAGAUAAUGGAGAUUGCUUCUUCUACGAUCAGGUCUACAAAGAUGGAGAUACUAUUAAAUAUGACUGCCAAAUCUGUGAAUGUACCAAUGGAAGAAUUACAGACUGUGCACGUGAUGCGAACUGCAUCUUUAAAAAGGUGGCUACACCUGAGCAGAAUACUGAUGCGAUAGUCUAUGAUGAUGAUGAUCCAAAUAUCAUUGAAAGCAGCGAGAGCAAGGGGAAUGUUCGAGCGAAACGGGCUGCGUCUGGAGGACAUAAGAAGAACCCCAGUGCUUAUGAGACAAACAAUAAAUUCAAGCCAAACCAAAGCAACCGUAAUGAUAAUGAUGACUCCAGCAAGGAACACAAGGAUAGUAACAAAGGGAAAGGACGGAAAAUCAACAAUGUAUUGUCAAAGGAUUCAUCUGAAGAAAAUGCAUCUAAAGAAAAAUGGAGUCAUGAAAAGAAUGAUAAAAUGAAGACAAAUGAAAGAAAGGGAAAAGAUCACAAUGACUCCAGUAAGGAAAGUAAGGAGAAAAACCAUGAGAAGAGACAGAAUAACAAGAAUGGAUGGCUAAAGGACUCAUCUGAAGAAAACGACAGUGCAUCCAAAGAAAAGAAGGAUCAUGACAAGAACAACAAAGUAAGGACAAAUCAAAACAAGGGCAAUGAUCACGAUCACUCCAGCAAAGAAAGCAAGGAAAAUAGCCACGAGAAAGGAGAGAAAAGCAAGAAAAGAUGGCAAAAUGGCUCAGCUGAAGAAAAAGAUGAUUCGUCCAAAGAGAAAAAGGAUCAUGAGAAGAAUGACAAAGUAAAGCCAAAACAUAAUAAGGGCAACGGUCAUGAUGACUCCAGCAAGGAAAGCAAGGAAAAUAGCCACGAGAAAAGAGAGAAAAACAAGAACAGGUGGCAGAAGGGCUCAGCUGAAGAAAAAGAUGAUGGCUCCAAAGAAAAAAAGGAUAAGACCCUAGAGGAGGUGGAUACAAAUGCAUGCAUAUUUAAUAAGGAAUCUAUAGCUGAUGGGGAAACCAAAGAUCUCAGCUGUUCCACCUGCACCUGUAACAAAGGGAAGCUCACUUGCGUAAAGAACCUGAACUGUCCAGGUGUCUGCUCAGUCACAGGUUAUCAGAUGGUUCGUACCUUUGAUGGUUCCUUGUAUCAAAGCCCUGGAACCUGCAAUUAUAUUUUGGUCAAGACCUCCGACUUCACAAUUAGCCUUAGCAACAAGGCCUGCUCUGAUCAGAACCCAGAUGCAGUUUGCAUUGACACAGUGGACAUUUACGUGCCUAACAUCGCCAGCAUUAAGGUUCUACAAGAUGGAUCAGUACUGUCAGCAGGGCAAAAAGUUGACCUUCCGUUCUUUCUUCAUGAAUCUAUUACUGUGAGAAGAAGUUCUUCUACGUUCCUGGAUGUGGUCACAUCAAUGUUCAGCCUGCAGUAUGACAUCGAGGGAAACCGACUGUAUGUCAUCAUUGAAACAAGCUACAAAGAUCAAACCAGUGGGCUUUGCGGGACAUACAACGACAAUCGAUUUGAUGACUUCAGGAGCUCAAGUGACAUAACUGAAACGGUGUCUAGUUUGUUCAGCAAAUCCUGGAAGUUGCAGUCUCAGUGUUCAGAGCAUUUCAUAACACCAGUCAGUCCAGCUCAACGAGUCACAGCGGAUUUAAGCUGCACUAAUUCCCUUCAGGACUCGAUCUUCGCUGACUGCAACCUUAUCAUUGACAUUCACAACUUUCAGGCCUCCUGUUCCAACAGCAUUUAUUAUGGGAAAAAUGUUGGCUUUUGCUCAGCCAUGGCAGACUAUGCUUAUCGAUGUGCUUUGGCAGGCGUUUAUGUACCUGUGAGUUCUGCAUUCCCAGACUGCUUUGUUUCUUGUGAAGGAGGCAUGGUUCCCAUUACAGAAAAUCUCUUUACUCAGGAUGAUUGUGCUCAGCAUUCUUCAGAGAUUUUAAAGAUGGCAGUGAAGCUUCCAUUGAGUGAAGGUUGUGUCUGUCCUAAUCAUUUAUACUUUGAUUCUACAAGAAAUGAGUGUGUUGAUAGUGAGGAAUGUCCAUGUUAUAGCAGCAACCAUGCAUACAGAAUUGGAGAGAACAUCACUUUUUCCAAUGGACAAUCAUGUGCUUGUGAGAGGAUAAUGGCCUGCACUGAUAAUCCUGACAUUCCUAUAGACGAAGUUCCAACAUGUCCAGAUGAUGAGGUUUUCUCCGAUUGUUUGAUGGGAUCUGGAAAAUCUUGCGAGCCAAGCUGCCAAAACAUGGCUGUCAUUGACCAAGUCUGCCCUCUAGAGUGUGAGGCGGGCUGCAUCUGCAAAUAUGGAAAGUUGAGGAGCAAUGACGGCACCUGUGUCCCACUGCAGGAAUGUCCAUGUGUGCAUGGAGAAGAUGUUUAUAACCCUGGAGAGACACUGGCACAGGAUUGCAACACUUGCACAUGCAAAGAUGGCAAGUUCACAUGCACCAAUAAUGCUUGCAACGUGGUAUGUAAUGCCUAUGCUGGAGGCCAAUUCAUCCUCUUCGAUAACAUCUGGAAAACCUUCAAGACAGGGGAGUGUCAGAUCAUUCUUGUUGAAUCUCAAGACGGGCAAGUCCCCAAAUUCAGAGUUGUAAUGCAAAACACAAAAACUGAAAAUCUUGGUGGAGCUUUGGCCACCAAGAAGAUCUUCAUCAGAUUUGGAGGAGCAUAUGUAGAGUUGUCCGAUGCAGAUCCUGUCUUGGUUCAAGACUUGGGAAGUACAACCCAAGUAAGACUCUAUCGUUCUGGAUUCUACAUUGUUGCCCAUUUUCUGGAAGGUCUUGCAGUUUACUAUGAUCAGCACUUAGAUGUUAUUAUUCAACUCCAGCCUCAUCUACAGGGCAAGGUCCAGGGUAUGUGUGGUGAUGCUGACCAGACAACAACUGCUGAGCUAGCUAUUAGCAACAUGGCACAGUAUGGAGCUCAGUUCAUUAUUGGCAAGUGCACUUCCUCAGAUGAACCCUCACCUCCUCCAUCUGAUAACAACAAGCAUUACACAGAGAAACGCUGCAGUUUGCUGUUCAGUCCGGACUUCGCUGAGUGUCACACCAUUGUCCCUGUCCAACCAUAUUACACUGCUUGUGUAGAAGAGACCGAGGCCUGCAGGGAAGGAGAAAGCUGUCUGUGCUUCUGUACAGCUCUUUCUGCUUAUGCCCGAGCCUGCUGCCGUAAGGGCAUCAACGUUGACUGGAGAAACCCCGACACAUGCCCUUCCCCUUGUGAAUACUACAACCGAGAUUCUGGAGAGGGACCAUAUCGUUUAGUCAUGGUCAAUGGCCAAACCUUGAUGGCAGAUUAUGACACCCAGUCUGUGUCACUGAUCACUAAGGAUACAUCAGGAGAUGUCAAAGUCAGCUUCAUGGUCACCCCAAGUCUCUUUGUGGACCCACUGUAUGGCAGAAAGUUAAUCUCUUUGGAAUCUGCUCUGCACCGCAACUUCUUCAUCGUCCAGAAUGCAGAUGGUACCCUAGGCUUAAGGAAGUGGCAGCCAAGUGCCAGCUUCCGUAUACAGGCUACUUUUAUCCUGAGAGAAGGUCGCUGGAUAAAUGGCUACAGCACUCUUGAAUCCUAUUCCUCUAGGGGCCAAUAUCUCUCUUUUAACAACACCAACAAAGUUCUGGUGAUGACCAGGGUUAAAUCUACAAACAUGCUGGCAAUGAAUUUCAAGCUUACAGAGGAAACCUUUGGAUUACCAUCAUUCUCUAUCUGCACCUGGAAGUACAGAUCUUGUGGCCCUGCUUGCAUCCCAACAUGCCAAGAUCCCCUGGGAGAGAAGUGCACCCUAACUCUUAAAGUGGAGGGCUGCUUCCCAAUUUGUGCCCCAGGAAUGGUGUUCGAUGAAGUUACCCAUCGUUGUGUGAAUAAAGAUGACUGUGUGUCCAUCCCUACGGUAUCACCAACACCAGUGCCACCGACACCAACUAAGGAACCAUGCAAGGAUGUGACUUGUGUAGAAAUGAAUUGCAAGGUUGGAGAAACUAGAGUGGAAAUAAAAACAACAGAUCCCUGCUGCCCACGUUAUCAAUGUGAGGCCAUUCCUACUACCCCAGCACCACCAACAACACCGAACCCAUGUAAAGAUGUCAAUUGUGAAAUUCCAACAUGCAAUUCAGAUGAACAACUUGUACAAGUUAAAUCAACAGAUCCUUGCUGCCCUAAAUACAAGUGUGAGUGCCCGGCCACAUGCAGCUCUCCACCUGUUUGUGGAAAUGGAAGACCACCCAUCCAAUAUUUCGACCCAACUUCUCAGUGCUGUCCCCUAUAUGAAUGCCCUGACGAGACAACCACCGCACCACCAAGGAGCCCAACUACUCCGGAGCUAUGCAAGGGUGUGACCUGUGAAAUAGUGACUUGUGCAGAGGGUGACGAAAAGGUGGCAGUUGCCUCAUCUGAUCCAUGCUGUUCCCGCUAUGUGUGUGUUACGCCAACAACCCCAACUCCAAUCAGACCUACAACACCGGAAUCUUGCAAGGAUGUGAAAUGUGAAGUGGUGACAUGCUACUUUGGAGAAAUAAAGAAAGAGGUUCCUUCAGCAGAUCCCUGUUGUCCACGUUAUGAGUGUUAUCCAGAGCCAACUACAACCACAGCUACAACUCCGGAACUAUGCAAAUAUGUGACAUGCCCAACAGUGACUUGUGCCAAGGGAGAAACUCAGAUGGAAGCUCCUUCAGCAGACCCCUGCUGCCCACGUUUUAUUUGUGUUCCAGAAACUUCACCCACACCAAAGGAGCCAUGCAGUCAUGUGACAUGUACAGACGUGACAUGCGCCGCUGGAGAAACCAGAACAGAAACUCCUUCUGGAGAUCCCUGCUGCCAACGUUUUGUGUGUGUUCCACUGCCAACCACAACUCAACCACCGGAGCCCUGCCAGUAUGUGACAUGUGCUGAUGUGACAUGUGCAGAUGGAGAAACUAAGAUGGAAGUUCCGAAAAUUGAUCCCUGCUGCGCACGUUAUGUGUGUGUUCCACAAGCAACUACAACCCCACAACCGGAAAUAUGCAAGGGUGUAACAUGUGAUGUGAAGACAUGUUCAGAGGGGGAAGACCUGGUGGCAAUUACUUCAACAGAUCCUUGCUGUUCCCAUUAUGUGUGUGUUAAAAUCGUUACUCUGCCUCCAUUCACCUCUACACCAAUAAUUACACAGGGGGUGUGUAGCGAUGUCAAGUGUGAGGUGGUGAAAUGUACGAAGGACGGAGAGAGUACGGUGGAAAUUCCUUCAGCAGAUCCUUGUUGUCCACGCCACGUCUGUGAAUGCAAUAACAUAUGCACCCCUCCUCCUAUCUGCAUUGAUGGAAGACCACCAGUAAAGAUAUUUGACCCUGCUACUCAGUGCUGUCCUCAGUAUGAAUGCAGGCAUGAGACAACUUCAACACCACCUCCAGAGGACUGCAAAGGUGUGACUUGCAAUACUCCAACAUGUGUGAGGGAGGGUGAACAAAUGGUUGAAGUUCCUUCCUCAGAUCGCUGCUGUCAAAAAUAUGUGUGCGAAUGCUAUCAGACAUGCAGCCCUCCUAUUACCUGCAUGGAUGGAAAACCACCAAUGGAAAUCUUUGACCCUAAUACUCAAUGCUGUCCAACCUAUGAAUGCUUACCAACAAUUACCACCUUACCACCCGAACCACCAAAAACCACACCAGAGGAAAUAUGCAAGGAUAUCCAAUGCCCAGUGAUAACUUGCACAAAGAAUGGUUCCACUCUUGUGUCUGUCAAAGGGAACAAUCCUUGCUGUAACAUAGAAUAUUGUGACUGCAUUGACCCAUGCCCACCAGCUCUGGUUUGUAAAUCAGGCAAGCCAACCAUGGAGAUUGAUCCAGAAAAAGAUUGCUGCCCCAAAUACACCUGUAUUCCUGAUGCAAUUCCAGGAACACCUACUACUCCAUCUGUAACAGAGCCGGAACUCACAACAACACCCAGACCACCAAUCUUCACCACUCCGCCUGAAUGUGCCAACGUCAAGUGUUACAAAGACGUUACCUGUCUAUACAAUGAGAUAGAGAUUCAGGAAACGAAUCCACUUGAUCCUUGUUGUCCAAGAUAUCGUUGUGAGCCCAAGACAACCCCAAGCCCACCGGAACUCACUACGACACCCAGACCACCAAUCACCACCACUCCGCCUGAAUGUGCUGAUGUCAAGUGUCACAAAGAGGUUACCUGUCAAUAUAACGAGAUAGAGAGGGAGCAACCAAAUCCACUGGAUCCUUGUUGUCCAUUAUAUUGGUGUGAGCCCGAGACAACCCCAAGCCCACCGGAAUUCACUACAACACUUAGACCACCAAUCACCACCACUCCGGCUGAAUGUUUCGGCAUCACAUGUUACAAAGAUACUACUUGUCGAUAUAACGAGAUAGAGAUUGAGGAACCAAAUCCAUUUGAUCCUUGUUGUCCAAGAUAUCGCUGUGAGCCCAAGACAACCCCAAGCACAACAAUGCCGAUCACCACCAAGCAAGAAUGUGAUAAUGUCAAGUGUUACAAAGAUGUCGUCUGUGGACCUAAUGACAAUGAGGUUGAGGAGCCAAAUCCAUUUGAUCCUUGCUGUCCCAAGUAUCGCUGUGAACCAAAAUCUACAACCCCAUCUACAAUAACAACCUCAACCAGCACCAUUAUCACCACCACCAAGAUUGAUUGCAGUAAAAGGAUAUGUGUCAAAAUAAGCUGUCGUCUUCAUGAAAAAGUUAUUGAGAAACCAAAUCCGGAUGACUCCUGCUGUCCCAUUCAAAUGUGUGAGUGCCAAUGCAAGACAGUGCCAACGUGCAGAAGUGAUGAGAGACUGGUGACCGUGAGUCAGACUGGCCAGUGUUGUCCAAAGCUUAAAUGUGAACGUAAGAAGGAUGAAUGCCAUCCAGUGACUAAAUCUGUGCUUCUGACAUCAGGCCAAUGCAAAGCUACAGUGGAACUGGAUGUGUGCAGUGGAUACUGUCACUCCAAGACAGAAUAUUCCAGCUUUUGGCAGCCCGUAACUCAUUGUCGAUGCUGCUCUAUAAAAACCGAUCGCUUCAGGACCUUCCAACUGCCUUGUGCUGACGGCACUCACACAAGUCUGAUUUUAAAGAGUGCAGUAACUUGUGGCUGCAACACUUGCUCAGGGCCCUUUGAACCUGGAAGUGGCAGCGGCAGCGGCAGUGGCAGCGGCAGUGGUGAAGAAGGCUCAAGCGAAGGAAGUACCUUCCAUACAUGGCCAGAUUUCAUCAGAAGCUAAAGUCAUCCCUAAAGUCCUACCUAACAUUAGCUACAAGCUAAUGGCAUCAACUGUGGACCUUCUACAAUCUCUGCUUCCUUAUUUCUUAAAAACUUAUUUUGUAUUAUGUUUGGUUUUCUUUUAGCCCCUUAGUGAUCAGAGGUCGCCAAGGGGCUUCCGUUUGUAUCUGUUACCUAAGAAGCAAUACAAGUAUCUUCCCCUUAAUGAGAACAAACAAGGGGAAAUUGGCUCAAACUACAUUUUCAGAGCACCUCACUUUGUGCUGUUCAACUUAAAGGUGCCCUGCGGGUGGGAUACAAGCAGUUCCAUCACUGUGAACAAUCCAUUGUGUGUAUAAUGCAAAUGUAUUGUUUUUUUUGUAGUGUCUUCCAUUAUCAUACAAUGUUUUAGGCUUAGUUAUAUGAAGAUGACAUUUUAGCUGCUGUAGAAAUCUACCCACAUCCUUGUUAGGGCACUGGCUGACUAAAACUGGCAGUUAUCAUUACACCAACUUGAGGAAUCCCUUAUUUCCUGGGAUUUAUAUUUCCUGGCAUUCCCAUCCCUAUUACAAUCAAAGCCUGCCUUGUUGCAACUUAUUUUCUGCACUUUAUAAGAGCACAGUAUUUUUCUACUGCCAAAGUCUAAAACACUGAAUGAUAUGCGAGAUGACUAAGCAAGUCUUGGUGGGAAACAAAAUGAAGGACUGUUUUUCACUGUAAUUUAAUUCCUGCUUUUACAUGUGGCUUUUUUAUGGAAGGAUAUAGUUUAUGGCAUUUCCAGUUACAUGGAAUGCUUACUAUACUAAACACAGUCAUUUUAACUACAAUAAUACUGGUAUGUGGUCACAACUUUUAACAUUAUACCAAAAUAAUGUCAUCACUAAAUCAUCACUCCUGCCUGAUAUAAUGCUGGUUUUGUUUGUUUUUGUUGCUGCAAUAGAUGGCAAUGUAAUAAAUGUAAUACAUGUAAAAGUGGUGUUUUGCCAGAAUAAACCCAUUCCUUUGCAA